CUGUUUGCCCCAGCCUUGAUUUUCAGACAUGCAACUGUGGUUUUGCGCUUGGCAAAGCAAUUGCCUUGUUCGCGUAUCAUGCAAGCUGAGAUUAGAGGCGGACCAAGCAUAGUUUAGGUAAUAAUUCUUCAAGCCUGUUAAAAGACGGCCUUGGCCACGAGUUGCGCUGGAAAGUUCAUGUCUCCAGAGAAGGUCAUCCAUAAUGUCUGAUCUCUUAGAAAAAGCCACUUCUGUGGCUCCACUGCCUGCAGACGAUGUUCUGUCAUGUGUGCGGAUUGGAAAAGUCAAACGGUUGGGACCAGGGUCUGUGACUUCAGCCAUCGAGAAGUCACCAUGUGUGGGCAGGGUUUGUGUCACUAAACAGGGUAUAACUGGUGAUGAACUGGCCUACGAACACCAUGGUGGAACCGAUAAAGCUUUGCAUCAAUACUGCUCUCGUCACUACGAGGCCUGGAGACGCGAGGUUCCCGAACGAGCACAUUUGUUCAGCAUCGGCGGAUACGGAGAGAAUAUCUCGGCUCAUUCCUUUGAUGAGACCAACACCUGCAUCGGCGAUAUCCUUGAGAUCGGCUCCGAAGGCGUUAUAGUCCAAGUCAGUGAGCCCCGACAGCCAUGUUUCAAGCUGAAUAGACGCUUUGAGUUUCCGCAAGCUUCAAUCCGAACGCAAACGACCAGGCGAACCGGGUGGUAUUUGCGCGUCUUGAAGCCUGGUUUCAUACAAGCUGGUGACCGUAUCCGAUUGAUACGCCGCAUCAACCCGGAAUGGUCGAUUGGUAGAGUUGGUGGAUUUCUCUGGGAGGAUCGAAAGAAUGUCGAGGCGUUGAAGGUACUUAGUGAGCUGCCUGGGCUUGGCAGGGAGAUUGCGCAGGUAUUUCGCAAGCGUCUCGCCACUCGAGAAGAAGAGGAUAUGCUGUUUCGCCUGAACGGCGAGGGGUCAAUGUGGGAGAAGCCAAGGAGUUGUAAAGCAGCCAAGACAGGAAGCUUGGUCAUCCUUGUCAAAGUGUUUCUCUUCGUUGGGAGUGUGUUCGGGUUAUGGAUAGUACUCAAGCGGGUGGUGGUCCAGCUAGAGGUCAAGGACUAUCAGGGUAGUGUACAUAGGGAGUUGUGAGAAAGGAAGGAGAGGAGCAGACGAGUAUUAUGGGUGGAGAAGGCUGUUGAAGCCGUAGAGGUUUU